UGAGAGAGCAUGGAGAAAAGGAGGAUGGAGGCAAUAACGAUCAAAAUCCCGUUGUCUUCUCAAAUUGGGGACUGACUCCAUUCAUAUACGAAGCAGCAGUAUCUUCGAGACCCCUGCAGCUCCGGGCGAAGGGAGGCAAGCCCUCGCAACGAACAACAGUUGUCCGAGUGGGGGUUUUGCAUGAAGAUGGGGAUAGCUGGAUGGAAUAACUGGCGAUCCCUCAUUAUCCACGCUGUUCAGAUAUCAGUGGCAGAAUCACGAAGGUGUCUGUCAUGGUCAUCUGCUACAUAUAGGGCUAAUAAACGGGAAGACACGCCCGGAGAGAACAUCUGCAGAUGAACCACGGGGCAGAUGGGCCUUAGAUUGCUUGAGGGUUGUGGAAAUAAUAUCAACAGUUAGUUAACUUAGUUAUGUUACAGCGGCCGGCUUACUAAAUAAUGCUAACAAGGGGGUGAAUGAGGCUCACCUCCCGCAAGGUUUGAUCAACUUCCUCCAUCUUUUAGUCUUCCUCUCAGCUGCCUUUCUUUUUGUGGUCUUUUAUCUCAAUAAACACGUUCUGUGUCUUUCUUGUGUCUCUCCUUACUGUGGUUUCAUUUUUAUAUAUCUCGUCGUUCCUUUCGGUGGCUGACAUGUCUGCUGUUGCCCAUCACCUGGUCCGUCGAGGGAUGGACGCCACGUCCGGCUACCUAUCACCAACUUCAAACGACGACAAUGAAGAGCGACGCAAACUAUCAGUCUGGGCCAUACUGGUGUUCUCUGUGACUGCUAUAGUGUUCGGCCUUAUUUCUUUCGCCAUUCAAUAUACCUAUGGCACGGUCGUUGCAACAUUGGCUGUGGUGGAAGAUCCCCAUCCGGAUAUUUAUGAGCGCAUCAGGGACAGUCCCGAUGACUCCAGUAAAACAACCAACGCAGUUCGCCCUGGUCCCGAUGUCGCUCUUGAACGCCUGUUCCCUGUCACCAGCACCCUGCGCUCCGCCAUCCUCCAUCUUCGUGCCCGUGCCGGUCCCUGGUCCCGCUUCCGAGGGUUGGGAAUCUACAUGUGCUUGGUGAUUAGCCGUUCGAUCCUUUCCCAAUUCUUUACCUUUGGCCGUGGUAACGACCUGAGCCAUCCCCUACAUUCCUUCGGCCGUAUUGCCGCCGAAGUGGUUUCCGCCCCUCUGGCGCUUGCCUGGGUCCACAUUGUAAUUUCAGAGCCCUCUGCCAAACGCUUUUGGAGACGCAUCCCUGGAUAUAGCAGCUGGGUGAAGAUUGCUCCCGCUGUUGCCCUUCAGUCGGUGGCUUCGCAACUCACCUUUAUCUUACCUGCCCAUCUAGCGAUGAGAAGCCGAGUAUGGAGUGUGAACGAGGGCAAUCCACUCUCAGACCCAGAAUUCGACCUCCGCGCCGAGGUUGCUAUAGCCAUCGGCUCUUUUCUCCUCGCCAUAUGUCUGACACUCCUUAUUGAGCUUCCAGCCACCGUGACCAUGAUCCGAGUCGCGGCAUCUAUUCUCCCUGAUCAAGAGGAGACCAUUGUGCCCUUCGAUCGCACUUUUGGUGGAAAGGUUCAGCCGGCUAUCUUGGGAGGUAGCGGCAAGAUUGGCCUGUUGGAUGCCUGGAAGACCUUCACCUGGCCAUCGCGUGUCCGUCUCCUCAAGGUUCUAGUGAAAACCUUCGCCAUGAUGGUCCCAGUCACGGUUGCCUGCGCUAUCGUCAUUGCUGGCGAAGCUAGUCUUAUGAAGGAGAAGAUGUUUGUGCAGGCGUAGGUUUCCCUUGUUUUUCGUUUGGCAAAGUUAUAUACAUAUAUUCAGUGGCCCCCUAGGGGCGACUAGCUAGCCUGGAAAGCAAGUUCGACCCUGGCUGUCAUGGAGAUUUAACUACAUGUUUCCGAUUUCUAUGUUUCGUCCCCUCUCCCCUCGAGCACAAUCAAGUGAAGUAUCGGGCAGGUUUUCCCCAUGUUCAAUAUUUUAACCAGCUUCUACAUUUUUCUCUGCAUUUUUCUCCGUUCUCUUCAUUCGUUCGACCUGUAUUUCUUGUCCCUUUUGUAGCCUCCAAUCCUCACUUUGAGCUGUUAUAGUUUUCAAUACGAUCUUUAUUGUGUAUAUUCCGUACGUUGCGAAUAUGAUUUUACUAUCUGCCAUGGAUGUGCAUAUUUUUCAAGCGCCCUUCUUCCGCUAGCAAAUCCGCCGUUCCAAAA